AUGUUGGGCCUGGAUGCAGCUGGCAAGACCACCAUCUUGUACAAGCUGAAGCUGUCGCAGGUUGUGACUACAAUCCCCACAGUGGGCUUCAAUGUGGAGACUGUGGAGUAUCGCAACAUCAACUUCACGGUCUGGGACAUAGGAGGCCAGGACAAGAUUCGCAAGCUGUGGCGCUACUAUCUCCAGGGCACGGACGGUCUAAUCUUCGUUGUGGACAGCUCAGACCGUGAUCGCAUCAAUGAUGCACAGGAAGAGCUGCAGAGCAUACUUGCACAGCCCGAGAUGGAAAAGACAGUUCUGUUGGUUCUGGCAAACAAGCAGGACCUGCCGAACGCAAUGUCUACCAGUGAAGUCACCCAGGCAUUGGAGCUGCAGAAGCUGCGUCACAAGUGGUUCAUUCAGGCAACCUCAGCCCCUACCGGAGACGGCUUGUACGAGGGCCUGGACUGGCUGUCCAGCACCCUCUGCUCGAAGUGA